GAGUCCCAGUCGCCAUCGUGACAAUCGCGACGCAAAAACCCUGGCCUUUAAUAAUUAGAGUUUCCUUCGUAUGUAUGGGCUCUAGUUAUGGUUAAACGAAGAUCUUGUUUCCCUAACACAGUAAACAGAGAUAUAUUACGCGAUAUGCUCACUCUGUAUUAGAGCAACGGUAACUGCAUUUUCCAGUGUUUUCAAAAAUUCUAAAGGCACAAAUGUGUUUGGUUUGUCAUAUGUAGUCUAUGAAACAACUAGACACAUUUUGGCGUGAAACACAUUUUAGCAGCAUACCUGAUGUCAUUUCGUGUUAAAGACCAUAAAAAUUCAUACAAGAAGCUGUUUGAACGAGUCAAAAAUUUAUCAGCUAAAAUUGUAAAGAGAACGUUAACACAAUCGUAUUAAUGUUCUCUCCGCCAAUCGCUUCGUGUCUAAACGCCUUUUCCAUUAGUUGAGAGUCAGUUCGGAGUCGUCUAUUUAUGCAAAUUCCACCGAAGAACUUUAGCACUCAUUACUAGGAAUGUAGUUGUAUUAAUGGUCCUUCUGUGGAAGGAUUACAUAUUCAAACACAGGAUUCUGAUGUUUUAAAGUGGUAUUGUAGAUUACUAGUGAUCCACAUUGAAAUAAAACCUCAGAAAGAUUCAAUCAAUAAUUCAAACUCGGAGAGGUCCGAAUAUGAUCACAUUGUAUAUUGCGACAACAAUAUUAUUACAGACCAAGACACCAAACAUAUAAUUGCUAUAAUUGCAUUAACUGUCCGUUACUCAUUCCAUAGGCUUUUUUGACAGAAUAUGUAAAAAGUGGUCGCUGCACAGUCAUAAUACAGUGAAAUGCCCUAGUGGUGACAUGUUAAAUAUCGACAAGAUUGGUUAAUUCACAUAAAAAUCUUGAUCGGAAGUGGUAUCUGUUCGAAGCCGUUCGGAAUACAGAAUUUUAAGAUUUAUCCGUCAGUGAAGAUCAUAAUAACCAACCAGAUAUAACAAUUCAUCAAUUUUGAUUACUGAGAGGACGUACUUUCGAAUUAUCGCGAUGAAAAAACUGCAUGAAUACAUACGAGAUUAUGUAGUGUUUAGUCUAAGGGAGGAAGUGUUUCAAAUAAAGUCUGUUUAUUUACAACAUCAUAGUCAGUUGGAAUACUUGCCAGCUUCUAAAUAAAAUCAAUACUUAAAUUCAUCAGAUGAGACAAACAUACCUUCCGACCGCCUAUUCUGAAUAUCUUUCCGAUUACAAUGCAUUUUUUGUCUCUAGUUAAACCUUGUUACACGACCUAGAUAGGAAGGCUAGACUUUAUAUGACAUCCUGGUAACUAAGACUGCAGUUAUGAAAUUUGUCAUUCUGAAUCCUGACAUUUCUACGGACGGCAGCAACACCGGAAAUCGCACUAAGUAUGCCUCUAGUAGGAGACGGAACAACACCUGGAGGGACGUUUCUCGAGAUUACUGCAUGCUUAAAUCAAAUCUAUGAGUCUUGAUUAGGAAUUUCCCUAAAAUAUAUCUUGCAUUUCAGGCAAACAGGUUUUUAUGAGUUGCUUAGUUGACAUGAUCUGAACAGAAUUCAACCGGAAGAUCAGUUAAUUUCCAGCGCUUCAAUAUUUGAUGUCUCAUUUUAGUAACUUUGGUCACGAUGAAAAUAACGUUGUUUAUCACACGAGGAGCUUCAAAGAUGAUAGGCACCACUGUUUUUAGCCACUACACCUUCCUUCCAUGUAAAACAAGUUAGUUAGGAUACUUUUAUUUUGUGAACCACUCUGCAACUAUAACUACAAACAGUGAGUGGUGCUUUUACGUCGUAAGUCACACAUUUAGACCGGGGGAAGCCUUACCGAAAUACUGAGGGCAACCAUCAAAAUUAGCUUUAGGGAUUCACAAUUAGCUACUCAUUUAGAAAAAUAUAUUUGUUUUUUUGCUUGUUUGCAGAUAAUUUUAUGGUUCUCUGGUCUAACUGUUCGAAACUAAAGGCAACCAAAAAACAAUUCAGAAUACCAGCAUAGAAAAUUUAAAGAUUCGUCCCAUUCAAUAAAAAUGCCGAACGAGCAGAUUCACAUUGAGCAUUUCAUUCAAAGUCUUAGCAGCACUAUAAGCUAUGUGAAAUCUGAUAUUCGGUUGGAAGCCUCGUCAACCAAACUUCAGUCUUUACCAAUACGUACUUACUUGGAGAGAUUAGUCGUGCCAGUACUUAUUCAUGGUCUUACACAACUGUGUAAGGAAAGACCACAGAAACCGAUUGAGUAUUUAGCAGCAUAUUUACUGAAAAACAAAAAUUAUGGACAAGAUAUCAUUACUGAUACCAAGUAAUCAACUGAACAAACAUAAUUACAAUUUAUGAAUAAACAAAUCGAAUAUAAACUUGAUUGUAAUGCUGGAUUCCUUUGCAUACACGCGUCAGCAAGCGGAACUUUGGCAAACAAUACCUAUCGCUAGUUUAAAUUCAUUCUGGAUGUUUUAUUUUAUGCAGCAAGUCUCACACCAUCCAGUUACAAAACACGGGUAUUACUAGUUUACCGUACGGUUGUCUAUAAAAUGGAUAGUCCAGUCACACUAGUCUAGGUAAAGAAAGAUAUUGUUAAUUGUUACCAGUAGUACCACACGACAAGGCUAAUACUCGUAAAGACCUAUUGUGUAACGGCUGGUGAUACUUGCAUGUUGCUUAAACCGGAGGCACAGUGGGGUUUUAACUUGUGUGAUCGAAUAAUUGACUUUCAAGGGAUUUGACCAUUGAGC